UCCUGGCAUGAUGUGAUCAUCUAAUGUCUCUUUCUCUCUCUUUAACUGUUUCUUAUUAUUAUUACUAUUAUUAUUUUUACAAACCAUCUCUCUUUCUUUCUCUGAAAACCCUAAUUACAACUUGUGCUCUCAUCUCCCCUCUAAGAUGAAAAGAUCAGUUGCUGGAGAUGUUGUUUAUGGGUUGAUGUAGAGAAUGAUGGAAGCUAAUGUAUGUGAUGUUAAUCACUUGGAUGCUGAUGUGCUUUUGCCACCCCGGAAACGCCUUUUAGCUGGGUUGAAGAAACAGAAUUCUGAUGUUAAUUCUUAUACCCCAUCCCCAUCAACUGCUAGUAGUUCCAGUACUGGUAGUGAAUUCGAUACCCGUCUCAAUAAUCUGUUGAGAUCUCAUUUGAGUAAGCCCGGUCUCUCGAAUGAGGAGAUUAUCGAAACGUCGAGGUUAGCAGCUGUAGAAGCAGCUAAGGUGGCGAAGGCUGCAAGAGCCGCAGCUGAAGAGAAGGCUGCGAAAGCAGCGAAAGCAGUGUCUGCUGCUAAGAACGCUUUGGAAUUGGUUGCUAACAUUAACAAGGAGGCAGCUAGUAGAGAUAGACAGUCGAAGAAGAAUAAAACUAAGAAGCAUGUUGCUGUGCAGACUUUGUACAAUAAACAUAAAGGGAUUGAAAAUUCCGGUACAGAUGAGGAGCUAGCCAGGAAGUUGCAUACCGCUAUAAACAGUUCCCCUAGAAUUUCUAAGAGCUCGGCAGUUGAAAUGAGGAAUCACAAACAUAAGAGGCUCAAGACCUCGCCACCUUCUGAAAAAGGUACGGUUUCUAAUGGUGUGACGUCCUUGGAAGGACACCAGCUUUCCAAGAGCAAUGGCCAUGGUGUUGGAGGACUUCCGGAUUCUAAAAAGGGUUCAGUCCCAGAGACAGGCAUGCUUAGAUUAGAUCUGAACAUAUCAAAAUUCAAUAAUUCUGACCAUCCAGUGAUGGAAAAUGCAAAAAUGUUACAAUUCAGUACAGAUGAGUCUUCAAAGAUGGAAAACUGGGAAGGAGAAGCAACUAACACAGCGGAGACAACCGGAGAGCAUAUGGGCAGAAAGAAGGGAAGAUUCAAACAGAAAAAGUUACCCCUUAGCAUUUGUAAUUUCAGGGAUCAAAAACCCCAAAGAGGAGCUGAAAUAUAAAAGCUCGUCUCCAAACGAAGAGAGCAUUACCCAAGCUACUACCAGCGAUAAGCUCCUGUUUCUAGUUGAGAGGACACCAAUGUGGAAGUGCCAAGCAUUCAAGGUACCUGCUCGUGUCAAACAAAAUAAAGUCAUGCAGUCAUCAUAGUGUUCAUAUUUUAUUUCAAGAGGUCCGGCUACCAUGCUCAUACUUGUUGUCAGAGGUACUUAGGUUUUAAGCUUUUGUCUUGAUUUUAUUUUAUUUUAUUUUAAUUUUCCAUAUAAAUUCCUAUUUUCAAUCUCUUAGUUUUUAGUCUGUCAAUGGCAUUGUAAUGGAUUGAACUUACCUAAAUGUAUAUUUUGCUGUUUGCGUGUUUUUGUAAUGCUGUCCUUAUUUUCUCCA